GGCGCUGUGAGCGCGCGGAUAGCCGGUGCGUGAACGUGAGCGCGCGCGGGGGCUGGUGUUGGACUUCGGUUGGCGAUCGCCGCCGCGCGCACGGAGCUCCGAUGUGAAAGGAGCCGUCGCUGGCGCGAGCAGGGUGAGCGAGUGAAGCGAGUGAAGGGAGGAAGGAAAACGGAGCUCGUUCCCUGCGGGCCGGGAGGCAAAACAGAGAAAAGAGCUGCCAUGCCGGACCAGAUCACAGUGUCGGAAUUCGUGGCGGAGACGAAUGAGGAUUACAAAUCCCCGACCGCUUCCAGCUUCACCACCAAGAUGAGCCAGUGCAGGAACACGGUGGCUGCCUUGGAGGAGGCACUGGAUGUGGAUCGUGGAGUGUUACAAAAGAUGAAGAAGUCUGUUAAAGCUAUUUAUACAUCUGGACUAGGGCAUGUGGAAAAUGAAGAACAGUACACGCAGGCAUUGGAGAAAUUUGGUGGUAACUGUGUCUGCCGUGACGAUCCUGAUCUUGGCACCGCUUUUUUGAAGUUUGCAGUCUUUACUAAAGAGUUAACUGCACUUUUCAAAAACCUGAUUCAGAAUAUGAACAAUAUCAUCACUUUUCCUCUGGACAGCUUAUUAAAAGGAGACCUAAAAGGAGUUAAAGGGGAUCUUAAGAAGCCUUUCGAUAAAGCCUGGAAGGACUAUGAAACCAAAGUUACAAAAAUUGAAAAGGAGAAAAAGGAACAUGCCAAACAGCAUGGUAUGAUCCGAACAGAAAUAAGUGGAGCGGAAAUCGCUGAGGAAAUGGAGAAAGAACGGAGAUUGUUUCAAUUACAGAUGUGCGAGUAUUUGCUUAAGGUCAAUGAGAUCAAGAUUAAGAAAGGCGUCGAUUUACUGCAGAACCUGAUUAAAUAUUUCCAUGCACAAUGCAAUUUUUUUCAGGAUGGCUUGAAGGCUGUAGAAAGUUUAAAACCCUCCAUGGAAAAGCUGGCUACAGAUUUGCAUGCUAUCAAGCAAGUGCAGGAUGAGGAAAGAAAACAGCUUGUUCAACUUCGGGAUGUACUAAAAGCAGGGCUUCAGGUUGAACAGAAAGAGGAUUCUCAGGUUCGUCAGAGCAUGAUGUACAGCUUGCAUCAACCUCAGGGAAACAAAGAACAUGGAACAGAAAAAUGCGGUGCAUUGUAUAAAAAAAGUGAUGGACUUAGGAAAGUGUGGCAGAAAAGGAAGUGUACAGUAAAAAAUGGUUAUCUGACAAUUUCACAUGGAACUGUUAAUACACCACCAGCAAAACUCAAUCUACUUACAUGUCAAGUGAAAGCAAAUCCUGAAGAGAAAAAAUGUUUUGAUCUGAUAUCACAUGAUAGAACAUACCAUUUUCAAGUGGACGAUGAACAGGAAUGCCAAGUUUGGAUGUCCGUUUUGCAGAACAGUAAAGAAGAGGCUUUGAACAAUGCUUUUAAGGGAGACCAUAACACAGGAGAAAAUAACAUUGUCCAGGAAUUAACAAAGGCAAUUAUUGUGGAGGUGCAACGGAUGACGGGAAAUGACGUUUGCUGUGACUGCAGAGCACCAGAUCCAACAUGGCUAUCUACUAAUUUGGGAAUUCUAACAUGCAUUGAGUGCUCUGGGAUUCACAGAGAGCUGGGAGUUCAUUAUUCUAGAAUACAAUCCCUUACAUUAGAUGUAUUAGGAACAUCUGAACUCUUGCUAGCUAAGAACAUUGGGAAUGCAGCAUUUAAUGAGAUCAUGGAAGCUGGUUUGUCAUUGGAUGGUACUGUCAAGCCUAAUCCAAACAGUGACAUGGUUGCCCGUAAGGACUACAUUACAGCCAAAUACAUAGAACGGAAGUAUUCACGGAAAAGGUCCACUGAUAAUGCUGCCAAACUUAGCUGUUUGUGUGAUGCAAUCAAGUCAAGAGACAUUUUUGCACUAAUUCAGGUUUAUGCUGAUGGUGUCGAUCUCACUGACCCAAUACCUUUGGCGAAUGGACAUGAACAAGGAGAAACAGCACUACAUCUUGCUGUAAGAUUAGUGGACAGGACAUCACUUCAUGUAGUUGAUUUUUUAGUGCAGAAUAGCGGGAAUCUUGACAAACAGACUACUAAAGGCAGUACAGCAUUACACUACUGCUGUCUAAAUGAUAAUGUGGAGUGUCUUAAGUUGCUUUUGAGGGGCAAAGCUUCCAUUGAAAUAGCCAAUGAAACAGGAGAAACACCACUUGAUAUAGCUAAACGCUUAAAACAUACUCAAUGUGAAGAGGUGCUUAUACAAUCAUUAUCAGGAAAAUUCAAUGCCCAUGUACAUGUGGAAUAUGAAUGGCGAUUACAUCAUGAAGAUUUGGAUGAAAGUGACGAUGAUAUUGAAGAUAAGCAAUCCAGUCCCAAUCGACCGAUCAGUUUCUAUCAAUUAUCAUAUCAAUCAGGGGUAAACCAGCUUCAACCUCCAGCUCCUCAUGCAGUCCUGACAAGGGAUCCAGCUUUAAAAGACAAGCAGCGACCAUUCAUUGCAAGCAUGCUGAAUAAUGAGACAUAUGGAACUGUACUUGGCUCCAGUCCUCCUCCUUCUGUGACUAAUGCUCCUCCUCUUCCACCAAGGAAUAUCAACAAAGUCCAAACUUCAGUUCCUGGUGUUCAGACAACUAUAUCGUCCAGUGUUUGGAAAUCUGCCUCACAUGGAAUGGAUACUGCGAGUAGGCAACGAUCUGCUUCAGAUCCACCAAAUCUUCACCCGCCUGUACCACCAGUCCGCGUUACAUCAACAACAGCAAAUCCUUCACCACCUACUCCAGUGGCAAAAACAAGCAGUGUUAUUGAAGCAAUGAGUUUGCAAAUAAAACAGUCACAAUCCCAGCAGCAACAGCAGGGUUCUCUGCCGCUAGCUGCUCAGAACAAAAAGACCCCACCACCCCCACUGCCUCCACAGCCACCACUUCGCACUUCACAACAGAGGUCAUUGCCCAGCUCUGAUCGAACAUCCUCAGUUAAAAGACCACCAACAGUACUAGGACCAAUGCAGUCAGGUGAUUCUUCUCUGACAUCUGAAACUGCUCCAAAAAAGCCAGGGCAUGCACCUAAUUUAACAAAUUUAAACAAGGCCCCAGCGCCAAUGCCACGGAAGUCUCAAAUGAUAAAGUCUAAACCAAGAAGAGUGAAAGCAAUUUAUAACUGUAGUGCAGAUAAUCCGGAUGAGCUCACAUUCUCUGAGGGUGAGAUUAUAGUUGUUGAUGGUGAGGAAGAUCCCGAGUGGUGGAUUGGUCACAUUGAAGGAGACCCAAAGCGAAGGGGUGUGUUCCCAGUGACUUUUGUGCACUUCGUUGCUGACUGAGCUCCCUUUUGGACGUGGAAAGAAACAAUUUAAGCAUGGUACCACACCCUGAUGACAAGGAAUGCAAUUUUUUAGCUCGAUAGCCAAAUCACUUCUUAUCUGGAAGAUGAAAUGUGUAUUCUUGUUAAAGUUUUUGCACUUUCAGUACAACUGGAGAUUCAUUUUAUAAAUUGUAGACUUCUCACAUCUGUCAAUUUGUUAUGGUGCAUGUAGGUACUUGGGAAUGAAAAGAAUGUUAUCUUUGGAUAGUGAAUCACUCGCAUCACUAACGCAAUUAAAAUGUUAAAAAUAGGUAGCAUCAACAGUGCAGCAAAAUUGGAGUACACAAGAAGUUUUUAAAGAUUAUAUAAUAUAAUCCACAAAUCAGGUAAUGACUUUAGAAAGCAUGCUGUUUUGGUGAACUUUGUAACUUGCAUAAAGCCUUAAAACACCACUAUUAAUCUAAAGUAAUACUUGUUUCCAUACUGAUUUUUAAAAUUUAAUUCCUGUAAUUUUCCUAACCGUUCUUAAACAUGGGAUUCUAUGUUGUAAGUAUGACUAUUUUUCAAAAGGCAGCUAAUGAACAGCUAUAAUAUCCAAGAGCUAUUCUUCGUGAGAAAUUAGUCAUGGAAAUACAUACAUGAUCAUGGGGAUCCACUAUAUAUUUUGUACAGUCCUAGUGUUAGCAUUAAAUAGUUUAAUCCAAAAUAGUGUUUAACUUGCUAAAUCAUUUUGGAAAAAAAAUUCGAUGUUUGCUGCAGACUUAUUUUUUAAAAGGCUGCACGGAAUUAUUGAAUCUUUAUUAUUAAGGACAAAAUAAUUUGAGAAAAUAUAUGGAAAAAUAGUACUGUGCAAAACAUUUAUAGUAAACCUUCAUCUCAAAUACUUAAUAGCUAGUUUUGAAAAAUUAGUAUUUUAAAUUCUUAGAUUUGUUACAAUCUUUCUUUUUAAAAGAUGUUCUUAAUUCCAUUGCAUAGGAAUGCAAAUUUGAAAAUUAUUUUGGUCCAGCAAUACAAUUAAAAAUUGUAGCCUAUCACUAUUUACACAUGUGGCUGUAAUUAUUGUCAAAAAGCAGGUUAUUAACUCUUGUAUGCAAUACAAAUUAAUAUUGAAGAUGUUGACAUCAUUCAGGUCUAUUGCUUUCUUUGAGUGACUAAUAGAAUCAUAAAAACCUCUGGACAGGGAAAACCUUGCUCUCAUGUCAUUGUCUGUGAGUAGUACUCAGAGCCGAAAAUAAAUCCUGUUUAGGAUGUAGUGUAAAAUUGAUACAGAUAUGACAAACUUGGUAUUUGUUGCAGAGCAACACUAUAUAUAUUGUAAAUGUUAAGUCCUAUACCUUUACAUUUCAUUGCAUUGAUUGACAAUUAGAUAUGUGUAAUGUACUGUAUAUCCCAGUUUUAACAUUAGAAUUAAUUCACAAAUACAAUAAACUGUUAUUAAACCAAAGCCUUCGUAAGUAAUGCAGGUCUAUAGUGCAUAUUUUGAACAUGAAGCCCAGUAAAUCUGCUAUUUGAGGCUUCUGGUGAAAUACUGUACAAAAUAAGGUUAAAAAGGUGUUUAAAAAUCCAUCCGAUGCAUCAAGAUAGUUUGCUUUGGUUAUUAACUAUCAUUUUGCUACUCAGAAGGUUUGCGAGAAAUCAGUUUUAUUUCAUUAAAGAGUAAAAUUGUGA